AUGGAUACUACGCCAGAUAUAAGUAGGCAAGAACCGCUUUCAAUUGUUAUUCGUAUAGUUAAUAUGGAGUUUGAAAACGAAAUAUGCGAUCCGCAAAUAAAUGAGUUUUUUAUGGAUUUUAUCAACAUUGAGUCAACAACAGGUUUUAGUUUAGCCAAUGUUUUAAUUGAACAAUUACAACAUUAUGAUAUUGAUUUACAAAAUUGUAGAGGACAAGCUUACAACAAUGGUAGAAAUAUGAUUGGUCAAUAUAAAGGAGUUCAAAGUCGUAUACUAAAUCAAAAUCCAAGAGCUUUUUUUACGCCUUGUGCAGCACAUAACCUUAAUUUAUUAAUCAAAGAUGCAGCAAAUAGUUCAACCAUAGCUUUAUUAUUUUUUGGAACAAUUGAAAGGAUUUAUUCAAUAUUUUCAUCUUCAACUCAACGCUGGGAUAUACUUAAGAAACACUGUAACAUGUUAACAGUUAAAAAGUGGGCAGAAACAAGAUGGGAUAGCAAUACAGUAAUUUGGUACGAUAUCUUGCUCAAGACCAAUAUUGUAAGUAAGAGUUUACAAGGUAUAAAAACGGAUAUAUCUUUAUCAGAAAAUGUAUUAAAAGGGCUUAUGGAUUUUAUUGAAGAAUACCGGGAAAAUGGUUUUGAAAAAGCUAAAUUAGAAGCUAAUAUUUUAGCAAAAUCUGCAGAAGUUCCACAGAUUUACAAUGAAAAAUUUGGAUUCCUAUUUCGCAUUGGGAAGCUUAAAGAAAUGGAAGACGACGAAUUAAUUAAAAAUUGCAAAGAUCUUCAUAUAUAUCUCAUGGAUGGCGAGGUCAAAGAUAUUGACGGUAAUGAGUUAUAUCAUGAACUUCCAAUAUUUAAAUCUCUCGUGGAAAUAAGCACUACUGCACUUCAAUCGCUUUCCAUACUAAAAAAAUUAAAUGGCUCGUUUCCAAACAUAACUGUAGCUCUACGAAUAAUGUUAACUAUACCUAUUACAUCGGCUUCUGCUGAAAGAUCAUUUUCGAAAUUGAAAUUAAUUAAGAACUAUCUAAGAAGCACUAUGUCACAAAUAAGACUAACUGGACUUUCAACAAUAUCCAUUGAAAAAGAUAUAGCUAAAACUAUCAAUUAUGACACACUUAUAAAUGAUUUUGCAAACGAAAAGUCAAGAAAAAAAUCGUUCUAA